AUGGAUCAACUCCCAUUCGCCCCAUCACAGGAGGAGACCACCGAGCUCAACCUGAUGGGUCAGAACAGGACCUCCAGGCCCAAUAUCCCGGAAGUCCACAAUUUGCUGCUGGAUACUGGAAGGAUACCAAAGGAUCCUGGGAUGAUCCCAAUACCUCCAUCGCCUCCAACAUCCAACAGUUCUACACCGACGAGUACAACCGACUCAUCAAAGUCCGAACUCUGGAAGAGGGUAGUAGAAGCGAUGGUGGCGAGGGACAUGCGAUCAAAGAAACAGAGUGGCGAAGAACCACCUUCGAAGGAAUCGUUAAUCCUUUCCUCCCUACCUGGGGAAAGGAAUGAGAAGGGGGAUGAACCACAGUCAGAAAAACCGACGCAGGAGGACAUCGAAGAGAUGAAUCUCCAGAGUCAUUCGGAAAGGCCAGACCAAUGCUCCAUGCCUCAGAGCUCAACGGGGGAAUCUACUCCCCCACCGGAACUCCAAGAGAGGCAUGGGGAGUCCACACCGAGUCAGGAGAUCAAUUACCAGACUCAUACCUCAAGGGAGAUAUCUCCCGCUGGAGCCCAGACAUCGGCUCCUCCUGUGAGGCAGAAGUCAUCCAGCUCGAAUCCGAAGUUGCCUCAAAGAGAUCCGCUUGCCUCUGUAGCCGGGUAUAUCAAUGGUAUCACCAAAUCGCUCUACAACUCGCAUGCAGAAUCCACCAAAUGGCCAGGAAAGAAAGAGGAGUGGCCAAGGAAAAAGGGAUACUGGAUUGGGGAUCGCUCUUUCCAGUGGAUUCCUGGAUCACCCCUGAAGAAGGAUCCUGGGACCUACCCCCCAUGCACUCCGACUCAACCGCUGACGACACCUGGCACUCAAUUGCCGGGGACGGCUGGGAAUCCCCCUGGCCAGACACCUCAUAUGAGGCCAUAUGGCCCAAUUCCAUGGCUCGAACGGCCAUCAACGAAGACCUAUGGGACUCACUUUCCACCCCUGUACUCCUGGGAAGGGAAUACCGAACAAUCCCGGAAGAAGAAGAAGAAAGUGAAGAUAGCGAUACCCCCACUGACACCUCCUCUGAUACGGACGAAACCGUCCAUGUCCUUGGUGCUGAAUUUCAGCACUGAAGACAUCUUCAAUACAAAGAAACCAGGAGGAGACUGGACCAAACCGCACCUACCAACUGAGGUGUUUUGGACCACGUUGCUUGACCCCGAACUAGGAAAGAGAGUCCCCUCUCUUUCCCAAUACAGAGGCACGUCGCACCCCGAAGUAACAGAUGAAGGAAUGGACAUGGACUGUCUCAAACGAGAAAGGCGAUGUUUCCGGUGUGGACACACUGGACAUAUCCAGAAGAGUCGUAAAUGUGAUCUGCAAAAAGAAUGGUUCACCAAGGAUGCCGAUGAGCGGAGAAACUGCUUCGCAUGGCAACAGCAAAUGGGAUUCAUGGAGGGACAAUGCCUUCGUUGUGGAUUCCCUGGACAUACUAGACAGGAUAACCAAUGCCCAUCUGACAGGUCCCAAUGGCGCUCUGCUUGA